AUGGCCGAGGCAAGCUCGGACCCGAGGGACAAAGGGCGCUGGAGGGCCGAGUCAUCCGGCACGAUAACCGGGGAUAAACAAGAGGGCUCGCCUAGCAACGUUGGGCCCGGCGGGACCAGAGCCGCUGAGGGGCACACGACCAACCCAAGGUCCAUGGCGGAUAUGGUUCGGGAAGGUCCGAGCUUCAAGGGUCACCAAGCCUUUGUCCCAGAAAAUAUUCUAAAUAUUGGCUAUGCUACCACAUCAAAUGGGCUCCCGACGAUUUAUUUCUCAUCAUCGGAGUCACAAAAAUUGGCAACGAGUCUCGGCCAUGCUAUCGUUGGUAAGUUCUCCCAUUCUAUUCCGGCAUCGCACCAAAUACAAAAAGCACUUGAUAACAUCAAAUUCAGUCGAGGCUUUACAUGGAAGUAUAUUAAUGCAAAACAUGUUCUUUUUCAGUUUGAGGAUAUUGCGGACUAUGCUAGGCUGCUUGGUGGCCCCAAGGGGACCCCGGUGUGGUAUGUUGAUCGACAUCCUAUGCGAGUCUUCAAAUGGGCGCCAGAUUUUGAUGCAUAUUGUGAAUCCCCGAUAGCGGUAAUUUGGUGUAACCUAAUUGGCCUCCCCAUCCACCUGUUUGACCAAUCAGCUGUUUUUGCCAUCGGAAAACUCCUUGGGACCCCUAUCCAAGUGGAUCGAGCUACAGCCAACAAGACACGACUAUCCUUUGCCCGAAUUUGCAUCGAGAUUGACAUAACGAAGCCACCACCCGAGGAGAUUAUCCUUGACAUUUGUGGGCAUGAAAUCGUGCAACAAGUGAGGUGGGAUAAGAUCCCGGCAUAUUGUAGUGAGUGUAGGCACGUGGGGCAUAAAAGUGAGGCUUGUUAUGCGGCGGGUAAAGCGGUCCGACCCCCGAAGAGGAACUACAAUAUUACCACGCCGAAACCGCCACACCAAGGUGCCCAAGGUUCGAAGGGAUGA